AUGGCCCAUAGAUUAGUGGCUAAAGGGGGUGUCGAUUUGGAGGCCUUGUCGCCUAGGGACGCCAACGCUUUGCGUAUGCCCAAGGCAGUCGAAAUGAAAACAGCCAAGCCCGUCGUCCAGCUCAAGGCGGCCAAAGAUAAGGAGCCGCCACCGCAACCGCCCGCGAGCGUUGAAGAGCCUCCGAGCUCCGACCGUCCGAAUGGAGCUGUCUAUCAAGUCGGCAGGAUGCUCGGCAAGGGCGGGUUUGCCGUUUGCUAUCAGGGAUAUUUAUUGCCGGAACGCAAGAAGUAUGCCCUGAAGAUUGUGCGGAGUCAGAUGCCUUCCAAGAUGCAGCAAAAGUUUCAAACUGAGUUGCAAAUUCACUCCAAGAUGAACCAAAAGAACAUCGUUCAAUUCCUUAGGGCAUUUUCUUUCCAUGAUUGCAUGUACUUGGUUCUCGAGCUCUGCACCAACGGCUCUCUCAUGGACAUGGUCAAGAAACGUAAGGGUCUGACAGAACCAGAAGUUCGAUUUUAUUCAAUUCAGGUUGCGGGUGCCAUCAAGUACAUGCACGGAAAGGGAAUUAUUCACCGAGACCUGAAGAUGGGCAACAUCUUUCUUGACCACAGGAUGAACGCCAAAGUAGGAGACUUUGGACUGGCUGCAUUGCUUGUUACGGGCCGAGACAUGCAAACCAUAAGAAGGACUACCUUGUGCGGCACGCCCAACUACAUUGCCCCUGAAAUUCUCCAGAAGGGAAAGAAGGGACAUGAUCACAUGGUUGACAUUUGGAGUCUGGGCAUCAUCAUGUUUGCUAUGUUGACAUCUAAGCCACCUUUUCAAUCCACGAGCACCGAGGAGAUUUACCGCCGAGCGAGAGAACGCGACUACGAAUGGCCGAACCCGGAGACUUCGCAGAAAUUCAUCAGCCCGGAGGCCAAGGAUUGCGUUGCCACGAUGCUUGAGGACGCGGAUAUGAGACCCGACCCCGACAUCAUUGUUCAGCAUCCCUUCUUUACUUGCGGUUAUAUGCCAGUGGAAGCCGACAUAACUACAAGACUGUUGACCUUACCACCCGACGGCUCAGAAUUCUACACGAGCCGUAUGAGCACUCAGUUGCAAGCAAUCACCAACAAGAAUCACGAGGAAAUGUGCAGAGAAUGCGGCGUCGGCCCUUGGACCCCCGUGCAGGUUGUUCACACCCAGACAUGGAAGGAAAUGGCCGCCGAGGAAAAGUCAGGAUUGACGCCUAUGAUUCCUCUUGGAGAGGAUGUUGUUUACAGACCCUUCGAUGAUUGGCUCCGAGAGAAGCGCCAGGCACGUGCGCUUGCUGCUUCUUCGUCUUCACGCCACGAGGCAACAGGAGAGCAGCAGCUGAGUGCUUCACAGACCGUACCAACUGGUUUGCUGCGCCAGCCUCCUCAAAGCUUUGCCGCCCAGCAAAGAGCACAGAACCGACCUCCAGCGAUGGCCAGUAGCACAAGAUCAAGACAACAGCCAGAAGCAGUUUCACAAUCAGCAGAGACCGCCCGUCCACGAUCAGUUAGACAACAAUCCGCCCCGGAACCCCAUCGAACGAAUCAACUCGCUGAGGCUCCGUUGAGAAAGUCAUCUACCAGUCGAAGGACCCCUCUCCCGUCGAGUCAGUCAACUGGCGCUAUUCCUACUCAGGCUCUGACGUCCCAGCCUUCGAACCAGCCUACAGUCACGAUGACGGGAUUGAUGGAGAACUUGAAAAUUUCAUCAGACAAAACCGACAUGGCUUCAUUAUUCAGCCCGUCAGAGCGGGCAGAGCCGGUAGCGAGCUCAAAACCAGAUGUCGUUUUAGAGCGUCUUCGCAGACUCCAGGCCGAACUGGAGCGGGCUCUAAAUGCUCGUACUAUGGCUAUUAUCUCGUCCAAGGAUAUCACGCCUCCCCACCCGAAUGUGGUUGUCAAGUGGGUGGAUUACACCAACAAGUUUGGUCUCGGCUAUAUAUUGAACGACGGUGGUGUGGGAUGUAUUUUGCGUGACAUACCUACCACUGAGGGCAGCAAGACCCUCACCCUACCCUCAGCAUGCAUGCUCGUACGUGAUGCUGAGAGGCAUAUUGAGCGACGACACGAUGAGGCGUACCCAGAGAGACACCAACCACUGCCCCCCGGCCAAGAUAUCCACUUUUAUGAGAAUAAUGGUGAGUCCGGGCUAUCUCGCGUUUCGAUUUCUUCGAAACAAUUCCGUGUGCCGGUUUAUGAGGAUGGCACACCUGGCAAAUUGAACCCUGGAAAGGACGUGUACGAACACCGGAAAAGAGAGAGGGUCAUUCUCUGGAAGAAGUUUGCCAACUAUAUGAUUGCUUAUGGCAGAGACGAAGCGGUUCCUGCCGAGGAGAUGAGUACGCGUUCUACUGAAUUUUCAGUCAACAAUGCUCAGCCAUCUGAUUUGGUGACCUUCUACCAACGGUUUGGUGAUGUCGGUUGCUGGGUCUUUGGCGACGGACAUCUUCAGUUCAACUUCCCCGACCACACCAAGAUUGUUUUGAACGCGGCUGGGACUUGGUGUCACUUCUGGCAUCUUCCCAUGGAUGCAGCUCAUAAUCUUGCAACCACAGGCAGCUUGGGAGCUGCCGCUCUUGAUGAGAGAGCUAUGUUAUCUUACCCCCUGCAGACAUUGCUCAACUUCCAGACUAAGCCCUCGGCAAGUCGUGCUACUCGCACGACCUCCACGUCGCGUCGACGCCCCGAGAUUCCUGUAGAUCUUCAAGGAAUCCCGGCAGCAAAUGACUUCCGUCGAAAGAUCGAGUUUAUCAAAAACGCAGUCAAGGAAUGGGUCACCAAUGGUGGCUUGGGAAAUAGCGCCAUGAAUCGCGAACACCGCAUGCGCUGGGGAGGCUACCGCGAGACGGUAAUGGGUAAUACUCCUAUCAAGGGUGUAUGGGUGACUGUUGGUGCUCGCUGGGGCGACACCAGAUUGUCGGCCUACAUUGAUCCCACCAAUCCGUUAGAGAUGGGCGAGGAAAUUGAUGAGUCAAAGAGACGACGCCAUUGA